AUGGGCGAGGCCCUUUGGUGGCCCGGAACCUUGCUGCUGCUCUGCCGUUUCCUGCCGGAGCAGCCUGGCGCGCACGCGGCGCCGGUCGCUAUGGCAGCGGAGUCGUGGGGCUGGGGGCCUGCGGUGCUGGCGCUGCUGCUGGCGCUGCUGCUUGGUGGCUCGCGCUGCCUGCGGCGCCGUUACGCGUCGGACGGGGUUCGCGCCUCUCUGAGCGGAAGGGCAGUGGCGGCGGCCGCGCGGGUGGGUGGCGGCCGCGCCUUGCUGGUGACGGCGCACCCUGAUGACGAAGCGAUGUUCUUCGCCCCCACGGUGCUCGGCUUGCGCAGGGCCGGUGCUCGCGCGGCUCUGCUAUGCUGCUCCUCAGGAAAUUACUACAAUCAAGGAGAGGUUCGUAAGAAGGAACUGGAGCAGAGUUGUUCUGUUCUGGGGAUUCCUGCUUCUGAUGUAACAGUCAUCGACCACAGGGAGCUUCCAGAUGAUCCUGCUGUUGAAUGGGACACGCAGCUCCUUGCCACCUUUGUGCUGAAGCAUAUAGAAGCCAAUAACAUCAACCUGGUGGUCACCUUUGAUGCAGGAGGAGUGAGUGGUCAUGCUAACCACGUUUCUCUUUACACUGCUUUAAGGUACCUGCACUCGGAGAGGAAGUUACCUGAAGGGUGCCACGUGUUUGUGCUUCAAUCAGUAAAUCUCUUCCGGAAAUACAUCUCCAUCCUGGAUGUGCCCAUUUCCUACCUCCUGCCUGGAGAUGCCCUCUUCAUACUCACAGAGGAGGAGACUGAACAAGCCAAGAGAGCCAUGCGGUGUCAUGGCAGCCAGCUCCUCUGGUUCCGCCACAUCUAUCUGCUUUUUUCACGUUACAUGGUCAUCAAUUCACUCCAACUUCUGUGA